AUGGCGGCUGUGGUCAUCUGCAGAGUCCGUGAUCACACCGAUUCCUGGCCGACGUCUGCGAUAGCGAUAAACAGUUUGAGUUCUUCCAAAUCCCAGAGAAGCAGACGGAGCAGCGGAGAGGUCACCGCCAGGGUCAACCACGUAUUCCUGAAAGGCGCGACCACCGCAGACAUAAAGCAGGAGAUAGAGAAAAACCUCGCAUCAUUCGGAGCGUACAGCAGUAAAAAUAUCUGUGAUGGAUUCUACUGUGACCCAGAAACGACGGACUGCACAGAGACGCCUGACGGUCAGGGGGCCGCGUGCACCUGUAAAGAGGGGAACUAUUCCAACCCGUCUGUUCCUGAAGUGACGAGCUGCCGAGAUUGUUCCCCCGAAUGUUCCCAAACUGAGGGCAAAUACUGCAACGUGGACGCCAAGACCGGAGCCGACUGCGCCUGCCUGCCCGGGUACAAGAGCAGCGGGGACACGUGCAAAGAAUGUGAAUUUGGUUACUCGGGAGAGGACUGUGCCGACAAUUAUCUGCUGAUCCUGGUCAUCGUUGGCGCAGUCUUGGGCGCGGUGGUCUUGGCGUUGCUGGGUGCGGUGAUUGGCAUUUCCGUCAGCUCCAAGAAGGGUAAGAAAUCCGGCGACCGGACGACGCUGAUCGAGAGAGAUGAGCCAGCGCUCGCCGGGAGAAGCCCCGACCCGACGCGAAUUUUCCCGAAAGUUCAUGCAAAACCCGACCUGGGAGAAGUCAACAAGGCCGCCAAUUUCUAUGAGGACAACGAGGAGUUUUCACGCAACUAUCCCAAACGGGACUAUGAGGAGUUGCAGAGUCCGUGGUACGAAAUGGCCAGAAAAGACCAGAACUAUUAGCGGCGGCCCCCGGAGGGCGCUGUAACUGGCGAUGUUACCUAUUGGAACUGUCCUCAGCUUAUUGGCGGGUACAAUGAGUGUGUGCGAUAACGAGGGCGUGACCGGCAAUGACCCCCAGAGCGGCGCUGGAGCCGUCACCGCACCUGGACACAGCGCGAUCAACGCGUUUCACUCCGCGAUCUUUACUUUGUAAUUUAUUUACUACGAUAAUGAAGAUUCCUGACAACUUUAUAAAACUGGAAAGUCUCUUCUUUGAUAUUAAUAAAG